AUGGCUGAAGGGCUCAACUCCCCAGUCCCGGGCCUCCGGGCGCUGGGGAAUGUGGCAGGCGUGGAGAAUCUGGCAGCUUCGGGCGAUGACUUGAGCGAGCUCUACAAAGCCAAGGAAGGAGCCGGAGCGCAGCUCUUCAUCCAGGCCGAGGAAUUGCUGGCCUCUGAGCGCUACGGGGAAGCGGAGGCAGAAGCUCGGAGGGCGGCGCAGAGCUUCCGCGAUGCGGGCAGCACCGAAGGUGCUGCCGACGCGGUACGCGUGGUGGUGAAGUCCCUGCUCGGGCAGGGGCGCCGCGUCGAGGCUUUGGCCUUCGCGCGGGAGGAGAAGGAGAAGGCAGAAGACCGCACGGCUGUCGCGAAACUUUCGGUGUCAGUGGCUGAGGCCUCCCUGGGCGAUGCCGGAAGCCAGGCGCAGGCCAAGGCCGGGCUGCAGGAGGCGAGGCGGGCGCUCAGCGGCGCCAUGGAGGCGCGAGCACUGCUGGCCCUGGCCGCCCUGGAGAUGGAGAGGGGCGAUGGCGACCUCGCGGGCUUGGAGAUGGGGCUCAGGCACGCCGGCGAGGCGAAGCAGAAGGCCCUGGAGCUCGGCAAUCGUCGCCUUGAGGCGAUGUCGCUGCUGCUGAUGGUGGACGGCAAGGGGAUGAUGGCAUCCCCGGAAGAUGCCCUUGAAGUGGCCGACGAGCUGCUGGACUUGGCCUUAGAGCUGAAGGACAAGCGCUUGGAGGCCUGCACCUUGAGAAAGCUCUCGGUGUGGAACAGCAAGCUUGGAGAUCGCGAUCGAGCCAUCUCGGAUGCAGAAGAAGCCUGGGAGAUCUACUGUGACCUGGAGUCUCCUCAGGAGCCGCAAGCUCUGCGGGCCCUUGUGGAAGGCCUCCUUCCCGUGGACCCCCGCCGCGCCCGGCGUCUCUGCACCGAGUCCUUGAGCCGACUGCGUCAGAAGGGCCAGAAGUUAGCGGAGGUGGAGGUCGUGCGUCUGCUCGUGGAGGUUCUGCUGAGACUUGGGAGGUUGCAGGAGGCGGCCUCCGCGGCACAAGAUUGCAUCCCCAUUUGCAAGGAGAUCGGAGCCACCGAGGCGCAGGCGGCCCUGAUCGUCCGCCUGGCCCGAGCGCGCCUGCAGGCCGGCGACUUCGAGAAGGCCAAGACCAUGGCAGAGAAUGCGUGGACGAUGCUGGACGAAGCCAAGGCCACCGCACGAGCCGAGAAGGCAGAUGCCAUGGAGGUGCUUUGCGAUGCCCAGGUCCAGUCGACCGACCUCGAGGAUGCACUAGCGCGUGCCACCGACUUUCGCGAGCACUUCGCGGUGGCUGGCGAUGCGAGGGGCCAGGCGAGGGCCUUGCUGCGAUGCGCUCAGCUUCAGCUGGAGAUGGGCGACUACGAGACGGCGUUCCAGAGCGCGCAGAAGGCCUGCAAUCUCUACCACCAGGAGAGGCAGAAGAGAGAGGAGGCGGAUGCGAAGCUGCUGUGUAGUAAGAUCUUCUGGCGGAAAGCCGACCACAAGGCGGCUGUGACGUGGGCUGAACGAGCACGAGCUGCGUACCGUGAGCUGGAGCAGACGGAAGACGAGGUGGCCUGCCUCUGUGUCAUUUCCGAAAAUGCAGCACGCCUGGCUGCUCGCGAAGGAGCCAGCCUGGACGCGUCGGAGCCUGCGCCGCGGGCCGCGAGAGAUGCCUUGGAGAAGUCCUUAAAGUCUGCGGAGGCCGGGCUGAAGCUGCUGAAGGUGGCCGCCGCCGCGGCAGCUCCGGAGCUCCACGGGCAGCUGCUCUGUGCCCGGGCGCAGGCGCUGACUUUCCAAGGCCGCUUCGCGGAGGCGCUCGGCAGCCUCGACGAGGCCGUUCUUCGAUUUCGGGAGCUCGACGAGUACGGAUUGGAGGCCAAUGCGCUCUUGCUCGCAUGCGACAACCUAUUCGCCUUGAAUCGGGCACGGGAAGCCGCAGAGGCAGCGACAGAGGCAUUGACGCUCUACCAGCACUGUCAGGACCUGGAGGGCGAAGAGCGGGCGAGGGUGUUGCUGAAGCACCCCAGCCUCAUCGCCACCGCCCGGCCCAGCGAGCCGAGACCGGGUGGACCCGGACCCAUCCCAGGAGCAGACGUGAUGCCAGUGUGGUUGCAGCAGGCUGAUGCUCCAUUGGAGGAGGCCGCGCCGGUCGCCGCGCGGGCCGUACAGCGCUCCACUGGGCCAGCGCUUGACAUGGCGUCCAUCACCCCCGAGGCAGUCAUGGCGAAGGUGCGCGACAUCGUUUCUGCGGUCACUGGGACGGAGCUUGAGGAAAUCGACACGGAGACACCGCUCAUGGAGGCGGGUCUCACAAGCAGUUCCGCGAUCGUGAUGCAAGAGACGCUGAGCAAGGAACUUGGCAUGAAGCUCCCCAUGACACUGGUCUUUGACUACCCGACAAUUGCCGACAUGGCAGAAAUGGUCCAAGAGCAGACGUCGCAGAAGAUCUUCCGCGUGCUCCGCCGGGUGGAAGGAAAAGAGCGCCUGCAGUGCGCAGCAAUCAAGGCCAACCUGCCUGGGCGCCGCCGGCGUGUUCCGUUGCUGCUCGGCGCCCGUGCAGUCCUCUCCUUGAGAUUUGCAGCUGGCCUGGUUGGCCCUGCUAGGAGUGUCAUGGGCUGCUGCGAGAGUUUGAUGGCAGAGGGAACUGCCGGGCCUCCCUUCCAGCAAGACGAAUGCCUCAGCGAGCCAGCUGACAAGAUGCUCAUGCCUCCACAGCACAAACCAUGGGACAGCAAUCCACAGGAAGCGCCAUCGGCAACGUUGACUUCGAAGGAAGACCUGCAGCUCAAGUUGAAGCAAUGGGCGACGUUCGCUCCCAGCGUCCAACUCAUGCUUCUUGGCAGGUUGGCCUGGGAUCUCGCGGAGCAGCUGGACGACGUGCGCGACCAGAACACCUUGUUGACGCGAGAUCUCUUCACCUCUGAGUCCGGAAAUCCCCUGAUCGCUCGUGCAGGUCUGGUGGAACGGUUCAAUCGCCAGGAUGCAGAUCACGAGAAGGUGGCAACGGAGGGCGCGCCUCCGAUUGCGCAUGCCGGCGCUGCACGGAGCUCGGAAGCCGUGUCGGACAUGCAAAGCACCGGGAGUGGCAGUGGCGGCGGCGAGUCUCCCGUGUCGGAGGCUCCCGUGUCCACGGAGUGCGUGUCUCCGACUCCGGCUGCGCUGUGGUUCGGGCUGCCAAGCUGCCAAGACCGGCGCGCUGACCGCUGCUGCGAUGAGCCCGAACCCAGGCCAAGCCCUGGAAGCAUCCGCGUGCCCUGCGGCGAUGCAGAGUCUCCUGCGUCGGAGGAUGCUCAUGACGAAGGGCGUCAGUGUGGCGGUGAUCGGCAGGACCGCCAUGACUGCAUGCUGGACCGCCGAGUCGCCUGCAGCUUGCAGGUUACGGAGACCUCGGUGGUGGCCGCUGCCAAUCCAGUCCGAACAGACCGGGGCCGGGGCUGCGAAAUCGGAGCGGAUUCUGAACCCCUGGGCUGGAUGCAGCUUAUGUCGCAAAUGAAGAUGGAGGUCCUGAAGUUCUUGCCCGUGUCUGAGAUUCCCAAGAGUUUCUCUGUUUCGCCGAUGUUCGCAGAUCCAAAGGGCCUGUUUGCCCACUUCAAGCACAUCGCGGACUUCUCACGGCCAGAUGUCUUCGUGGCUUAUGCAGCGGCGCUGCAUCAGGAAUCUCACGCCCGCGGGUUGGACCUGUGGGGACCUGAUGAUCCUUUGCUUGCGGUGCGCCUGGACACCACUAUGCUCGAGCGCAGCGACAGUUUGCGCUGGCUCCUGGGGAUGAAGAGACUGUGGUUUCGGCGUGCCCCGUUCUGCAUGCUGGAUUUGGCGCGCAGUUUGCUGCGUUACACAGAGCAGAUGAAGAGUCCCGACUGUAUGGGCAUUCACUACCGCCGCACAUCUGCAACAGCACAAGCUUGUUUGGCAGACAUAGUGGGAUCUGCCGAGUUUGGCGAUUGGCUGGAAGCACAAUCGCUUUUCUACGAAGCGUAA